CUCCCCUCUUCUCUCCUCUACUUUUCUUCUUUAGGACGUCUACAGUAAGGACGCUCACAAGUCACUGCAACAUGUCUGUACUCACACUCUUCAUCAUCAUCAUCAUCAUCAUGGCGGCUGGCGGUGAGGUCGAGGUGACAUCAUCGCCAGACUACGAUUACGACUACAACGCAACCUUUGGCUACAUAUUUUACAGCAACACAAGCAGCGAGGAUCUGGAGACCUUCCUGAAGAACACUAGCGACUACCUGGAUUCCCAUGAGGAUAGGCAGGACUACGAAGAGGAAGUGAUCAUCACCACGACAACUAAGCGGUACAACACACCAAGGGGCGGUGUCAUCAUCGACAACACCGCACCCUCGUGCGUCUGUCUGGGGGCAGCGACGCGACGUCUUGAAAACGUGACGAAUGACGGCGGCGGGAGGCGAGAGCAGCUCAUAAAGGCGGCGGAGGGGACCCGUGCCAGGAGCACUUCAGAGCUGCAGAAGAAGAAGAAGUAGAAGACGCCAAACGAGAAGCACAUCUAGACUUUGUGGUGAUGGAGAGCAUGCGUCUGGUCUUUCUUCUGUCCGUCUGCCUGUCCACGCUGACGUCCUUCUGUCAGGGUCAAAGGUCGGCCGACGCUCAGGUUCCGGGCACCGCGCCUGAUGAUCCCAUCCUGGGACUGGCCAAGGUGGACAUGGCAGAGGCGCUGCAGGCUUUCGUGGACGAGGCGGAAAGCAGAGUGGGCCUCUCAGUGGAGAAGAAGGCCAGCUUCAUCCCGCGGUGUGAUGUUGGCGAGCGCUGCGCGAUGAAACAUGGGCCCCGAUUUGGCCGACUGUGCGACUGUCUGCGGGGGGCGGCAUGCAACACCUUCUUCCUGCGCUGCUACUGAGGGCACCCAAAAACAUACGGCAACAUCUUGACCCAUUUUUUGAACUCAAAUGUGUCCUUGUUGUCCUUUGUCAAAUAAAUGUCGUUCCCCACUUCCACUGUAAGACAUCUAAACGCUCAUACAGGACAAUAAACAUGUUCAAUA